AUGGCUGCUGAGAGAGUGCUGAGUGGACUGCAUGAGUUGAUCAAAGAGGAGGUGCUGGCAGCAGUGAGAGAGGAGCUGGCUGCACACAAGGAGGAGGUGGAUAAGCUGCGGCACAUGCUGACAGCGGUGAAAAAGGAUUUGGCGGAACAAAAGGGCACUAUGGCAGAGCAGUGGGCUGAGAGUACUAGGGAAUCAGAUGCAGGAGGCCUGAAGUGGAAGAGUAGAAAGAGAAGGCACGAAAUGGUAGCAGAGUUUCCACGGGAGGAGGAGAGGAGGAAAGAGGUGCAGGAGUUCAACAUGCCACAUGCCAUGGAGGAAUUGGCAGCCGGCGAGGAAUGGCAGAAGGUACAAGACAUGAAGGUGAAUGUUAAACGGAGGAUCAAGCGGAGUGUAGGCGAUAAAAGGACUGCAUGGCGGGCAAUCAACGCAGCAUUACAGAAGUCCGAUCUGAGCCUGGCGUGUCUUCGCGGCCUCUCAGACGCCAUGCUCAUCAAUGUGUCCACAAUGACCCACCUGACGAGCAUUGACUUGGACUCGAGCUCAGGCUUCAGUGCAGAGGGCAUCAAGCACCUCUACAGGCUGCCACACUUAGAGAAGCUAAACUUCAAUUACAGUGAUUUCUUAGACAGUGCCUUGGAAGGCAUUGGGUCCUUGUCGCGUCUCAUAGACCUCUCUCUCCAUCAGACCAAUGUGACUGAUGCUGGACUAUCGCACUUGACAGCUCUGACCUCUCUCAAAGACCUGCGGCUUGGUUAUUGCAGUGGUGUGACAGAUGCUGGCAUGGUGCAUCUGGUGAGGCUGACAGGGCUUGAGAAGCUUGCUCCGGAUGGCACGGCAGUCACGGAUGAUGGGCUGCAGCAGCUGACUGCCUUGACCAAGCUGACAGAUCUCUAUACGCCUUGGCAGCUGAAUUUCCCCCACCAAUAUGACAGUCAUGUACUGCGGCUUCCGCUCCUAGUGGGAAGCGCGGCGGUGGCAGGGGCGGCAAGGGUGGCAGGGGUGGCGGAGGUGGCGGUGGUGGGAGUGGUGGGGGAGGCGGCGGGGGUGGUGGAGGUGGUGGGGGUGGUCGUGGGGGUGGAGGCGGUGGGUGGGGUGGCGGCAGGACCGGGGGCGGUGGAGGCGGCGGCGGCGGUGGUGGGGGAGGAGGCAGCGGCAGUGGCGGUGGAGGUGGGAGCGGAGGUGGAUCUGGCCAAAAGGGUAGCCCCAGUGGUGGCAGCAGCAGCAGCAGCAGCAGCCACAGCAGCAGCAGCAGCGUCAGCCCCUCACCUCCCAGCAGCUCAAUGA